UACAGGGAUAAUCUUCUUAUUUCGGUAAGCUGUUUAAAGCAAUGGUAAUGAAUCUGCUCAUUUGAUGGCUACUUUUUUUCAAAUUCAAUCUUUCAACACUCCUUCAGAUUUGACCAUCAUUUAUUUUGUGGCUGUUUAUUUUGAUUUUAUUUGUCAACAUAGUUUCUAUUAAUUGAUUUUUUGUUGUUGAUGCUGUCUUAAAUUAAUUCUCAACAUGACUGCUAUUGACAAAAUGUAUGACAACUACAACAUCCUUGUAGAUGCUGGAGAUAAAAUUACCGAGCACGAGGACAAAUAUCUGGAAAUUCUUAAUUCUGUCAAAGGAUCACCUAAUGAAAAGAGGCUUGCUUCGCAAUUUAUUACUAAAUUUUUCAAACAUUUUCCAGCUCAUUACAAUUCAGCGAUUGAUGCUUUACUUGACCUUUGUGAAGAUGAUGAUAUAAAUAUAAGGAAGCAAGCGAUAAAAGAUUUACCUUCAAUCUGUAGAGACUGCAAAGAAUAUGUUCCACGAAUUACUGAUAUACUGGCUCAAUUACUCUUAGCUCAAGAUGCUACUGAACUACAAAUAGUUAAUAAUUCCUUAAUUACUGUAUGUAAACUCGAUCCAAAAGGUUUUCUGGGUGGUAUUUUUCUUCAAAUUGAAGCUGGAGAAGAUAUUACCCGAGAGCGUGUUAUCAAGUUCUUAGCUGCUAAAAUAAAAACACUUCCAGAGGAUACUUGGACAAAGGAAGAUGAGGAGUUUAUUUUGGCAGAAGGUCGAAAGGCAUUACAAGAUUGUACAAAGGACGAGUUUGUGUGUCUCCUUAAUCUUUUAUCGUCUCUCAAAAUAUCUAAAACAAUCACAGCUCAACAAGUUCUUGUUGAUAUGAUCACCGAGCAUGCUGAAUUAGAUGCACCACUCAACCCAGCCGAAACUGAACAGAUUGAAAAAUUCACAAUGUGUGUAAGAGCUGCGAUUCCGCACUUUUCACCCUUUGUACCUUCCAAUGCAUUUGUUCAAUUCAUUUGCUCUCAAAUAAUUCCUUGCAUGACUGAAAUUGUCUCACUAGCCAUUGAGAAUCCAAACAUUGAAGUGGAAAUUUUACAGCAACUAGCUGAAUUAUCUGCCUUUAUUCAACCUACCAAUACGAAUCUCCCAAUCAAUUUAGAUGAGUGUCAAGAAGUAGUUUUUAGUAAACUUUUGGAAUAUAUGCCAUCACCUUCUCUGUCAACUGAUGUCGAGGAAAAGUCAGAAGAACCAAGUCUUCAAUUAUUCCCACUCGAGUCUCUUAUGUUUACUCUUUACACAUUAAGUGUUAUUAACCCUGAGUUCAAUUCAAAAGUCAAUGAGGAUAGAAUGAAAGAUUACAAACUUCGAUUACAGUAUUUAGCUCGACUCAUUCAAAGUCACAUCAAAAAGGCAAAAGAAGUUCCCUCAGCUGACAAAAAGGUUGAAAAUGAAGGCGAUGAUGCUCUAUCGAAAGCAAUAGCUCUAAAAACUGCAACCAAUAUAAACACUUUGGUCAAAGAACUUUUCCACCCUAAACCAGCCAGUAAAAGCAGUGUAACUCUCAGCUGGAAACCAACCAAAACAAAGUCAGCGGCUAUCAAACGAACCAAUUCAACUGCUGAUACUACUGUAGCCCCGACUGCAACAAAGUUGGAAGAUGCGACAACCAACGCUAGUAAUCCUAAGAGGAAACCCAUCACCGCUCCUGAAGACUCAGAAAGUUCAGACUCAAAAAAACGUCAAAGGCAACUUUAUGCGCCUCCAAGUGGUAAAUUCAGCUACAAUUUCCGUGGAGGAUAUUCAAAUAAUCGAGGAAGAGGUCGUGGUACCGGAGGUUUUCGAGGAGCAAACAGAGGCCGAAACAAUCGUUACAGCAAAAGAUAUUCCUAUUAAUCAAUCAACUCAUUUUACUGCCCAUAUCAACUAAUGAUGGCCCAUGAAAUGGAAUGAAGUGAAUUUCUAUGAAAUUCCUUUGCCUACAAGUGAUGGUUGAACCCACCUAACUUAAAAUCACGACCAUUGACCUAUGGAAGAAAAUUAUGUACGAUCGAUGACAAUGCGAAAUUGUUUUGAAUGAUAACUAAAAAUUCACUUUGUAAAACAGACGCAUUUUAUAAUUAUUUCAUUCAAAAUUAUAAUUCACUUCAAUUCAAUAUUGAC